AUGAGGAAAGACCCUCCACGAGGAGAAGAGUUGGCCGUUGCUGCACCUCAUUGCUACUGUGGAAGGCUUACUCAGCUGCAGACUUCUUGGAUAGAAUCCAACCCACUUCGGAGGUUUUUUGUGUGUCCAAAGUCAGAGGUUAAUAUUGAAUGCCUCCCUGUGAGAGAGCUCUGA